AUGGCACCUAAAAAAGGAAAAGUAGCUCCCGAGCCACCGGAUGAAAACGCUUGGAAAACAGAGAUUCAAGAAGCACCGAUAGACGAAGAAAAUUUUGCGGUUAAAGUAAUAAUACUUGAAUCUGCUGGUAGUGAACAGGAACGGAUAUAUCUCAAUAAAUUUGAAAUAUUUGCCGCUGAAGAAAAACGUUUUGUCAUCAAAAACAUAUGUAAAAGUGAGACAAUAUUUAUGAUAAAUCAACUAGGUGCGGAGAAAAAAGUUAAAGAUGAAAAUCUUAGAAUUUUCGAAGAAGCUCAGUCAUAUCUAAAAGAUAAGAAAGACAUUCCAGCAGAUGUAUUAUCUUUAGUAAUUAAACAUCUUAUAAUGAAAAUGAAAGACGAGUACCUCUAUAUUCAACGUCAAAGACUUGAAGUUAAGUUGGGUAUGCAAAAAGAAUCUAUCACUAUGCUUGAUCAAGGAGAAGUGAAGGGUACUGCAACUUCAAAAACACGCUUGGACGCCAGUCACAGUAAGAGUCGAAUGAAGGAAGGCGACGGAGAUGGUCGUUCGGACAACAAAAAAUACAAAACCCAACUUAGAGUGAGAGGUGAGGAAUGGAGAGAUAAAGUAUACGUAGACGACUAUCCUACCGACGGACCCAAUAUUUAUGUCGCUGUAACAGGUUUUGUAGACCCUUACCUACCAUCAUGUUUAGUAAAAGCUAACAUACCAUUGACAGCAAUAGUGCAAAUAAGAAUAGAUCCAUCGAACACUUCGAUACCAUCUAGUUUAUUACGAACCACAAAAAGAGGUCAAAGUCUCACAGAAUUAUUAACUGAAAAAUCUAUGAAAUUUUGGGAAGAUUUACAGUUAUUGCGAAUACGAAGAGAGACUGUUGACGAUUUUAAGGAAACCGCUUUUAUUGUAUUUUCUCCUCCGUAUUGGAAUUCAGAAAAUCUGUCUGGGAAUCCCGAUAAAAUAUAUGACGAACUGUGUUAUCUAAUGUACGACAUUCAGGAUUUGUCUAGGCAACAUGUCCAUUAUAAAGAAAACAUGCACAUUAUUAAUAUACCUACUGAUGUUGGCAAUUUACAUCUCAACAGACAAUAUGAAAAACAAAUUGCUGACUUUCCUCUGGAAUGUGUAACCAUGUAUUCAUUCUUAGAUGUUCUUCUUCAAACAGCAUGUAGCCCUCAAGAUUAUGAUGAUGAGACUAGUAGAAGUUCCUUAUCAACAGCUGCUACUAUAAAUCCCUUACAUUACUAUCAUCACAAAAACUUGACUGAAGAACAUAAGCGUAGCAUUUCUGAACAUCUGGUGAAGAAUCUUUUUAACACAUUAUGUAAUACGGAGGCUACUAAAAAAACGUACCGCCUAACGUACGGAGAAGAAUAUGAAGAUCAAAAAGAUCCUAUUGUGAUCGAUUAUGGAGAUUUUGUUAAAUAUAAUACGUUUCAAUUAGGAAAUAUAAAUUUAGAUAACAUCGUCUACUCCUCCUUGCUUGGUAUGCCUACAAACAAUUUAUGGAACAAUCAAAGUCGACCAGAUGGUGAACUCGAGGCCAAAGUUAAUUUUCAUGUAAAUGUUUUAUUGUCAUGUUUUGAAAGAGAGGACGUUGAAACCGCUGAGUUGAAUAGACUGCUUAAUAUUUUAGCUUGCCGCAAAUUGUAUAAUCAUCGAAGUUCAUUAAAGAAGCGACAUUUACCAACGACCACUAUAACAGAGUUUAAGAAAACUUAUUUAAAGCGCAGUCUUGUUGCUGAACCUCUUCCUGCAUGUCCUUCUUUAGCUGCUAGCGGUCAAAAUCUAUCUCCAUCUUUUCCGUCUAUGACAAAGAGUGAAAAUGAUUACGAAUGCGCAUAUUCCCAAGAAGACCCUGAUCCUGAAAUCCGUCGAUUGAAACACCUUUUCGAUUGUCCAGAUAUAAGUGGCUUAGUCACAGCUGCUGAAAUCGAAAAUAAUCAACCUAUCUCCAAGCACAACAUUAUAGACGAUUACGACUUUUUUGAAGAUCUUUCUGGAACCUGUGCUUUUCAAAUUUUACGUGACGCGUUUAAUAAAUUCAACUGUGUUGACUAUAAACAUUGUGAGGUCACUGAUUGUUUUAUUCUCAUGUUUUUCAAUAGUCACGACAAAGAAGGUAUAGCGCGUGAGGAGUGGCGAUGUCAUUUAACAACACCUCUUUGCUUGCAAGAUUUUUUUGAUUUUAUUUUAGAAGAGCAUUAUGACUGGAUACAAAACGAAGAGAAAAUUUAUGAUGAAAAUCUUUUAUCCCAGGCUAAUUCGGAAUCUAAAGAUGUUAUUGAUCCUCAUGAAUCAAAAACUUGUCUAGAAACUACUGAUGUCGAAACAGAAUUGCUGAUGGACGGUUCCAUAAAACAUGACACAAUUAAAAAAGAACGUAUUCUCCGAGACGCAGCAGACCCAACAAAUACUUCAUUGCAAAAGUCGAAGUCACAGGUUUCCAUUGAUUUACAAAGUACUAAAAAACGUAGAUCAUCUGCCUCACAACGAACUGAUGGACAGUCGCAUCAAGGGAUUGCAGAAUUUCAAGAUUCUAUUGAUACGAGCAUACCUACAAAACCUUUCUUAGGUUACGACUUAGGCGAUAGAAGAGUCGAAGUUUUUGGAAAAGACGCUGUAUUUUUUUCUAAAGAUGGUACUAAAGUGACAAGUUUUUAUACUUUGCUUAUACCAUAUAACUUGGAAUACAUCGUCCUAAACAUUUUACCUGGAAAUAGUUACAAUGAAUUUUGGUUACAUAAAGCUUUAGGUGAGUAUGUUCCACCAAGUAUCAAAGAUGCUUGCGACUCGUUUAGAAUUACAAGUAAAGAUCAAGUUAUGAUGUAUUUUAAAAAGCAAUUGUAUCGUGUGCCAAUAAUGCCAGAUAGUAAUAAUGAAAACACGCCACCUACUGAGAAAAAAAGGUCAGGAAUUGAUAAACAGAGCUCUGUGAUAGAACAGUUGUAUGAAACUAAACAUUACCACUCUCUUUAUGUUACUUGGCCUAACGGUUUGAUUACUGAAACAGUAUAUCUGGAAAAUUCAUCUAUACUUUCACAUAUCAAACUAUAUCAUACUUGCCGAAUGCCACAUCUUGAUGAGGAAAUGCGAUGUAUUAGUCUAAACGGUGAAGUAAUUAUUUUUAAAGAAUCUGGUCUAAUUGAAGUUCUUAGGCCAGAUGGAACUUAUAUUAAAUUAACAAAAUAUUAUAAAAGAGUGGUCCCUCCUCCUGACCAGGAAGUAAAAGAUACUGCUUCGGAGAAGGGUAAGAGAAAAAGUAAGGGUAAAAUAAGCAAAACAUCAACAAAAUCUACCAGCAGUCGGGUAAAAGUAUCGCAGGAUGAUAAUAAACCAUUGGAUGAUAAACCACCGGAAUAUGAAAUUGUAAUUAACGAUUUUGAAAUCAUAGAAACCACAGGUUUGAGACAAAAGUGGAUUGAUAAUGUUUCUUAUAACAUAGAAAAAUUGCUUAUUCGUACGGCUUCUGAUUACUGCUUGGGAGAAGUUUUCUCUAGACGCAUGGAUGGUACAAAUAUUUUAGUAAAUAAAGAAGGUAUGCAAAUUGUUACAUUUCCUGACAAAACAAGAAUAAUUUCCUAUUAUGUAAUUGAUGAUGAAGAAGUCUACCCAGAAUGGACAGAUGUGGAAAUGGAAUACUUUGAAAUGUUUGAUCCUGAUACGAUCGAUGACGGCAGGUCUAAACUGUCAGUUUCGCAAAAAAGUUAUACAGGUGCUGCGUACACAUGCGAAAGCAGUGCCUCAACGUUUUCAAAAAAGCUAGAGGAGGAAGAGUCAAAAUAUAAGAAACGGACAGAUGGUUACGUUUUGGUGCAUAUUGUAUAUUCAAUAGAACAUCAAAAUUUUAGUACAAUCACAAUAAAUAAUGUUACUGGCAAGGUAUCUGUGGACUCACCGAAUGAAACAACUGUGGUGGUAGAUAAAAACAACAACUACGAGAUGAAAUUAGAUAGUGGAACAUCGGCUAGUUUUAAUGGAGAAUUUUUAAACAUAUCUUACGAAGCGUGUUCUGAAUGUAGUGCUUACACAUACUGCAACGUAAAAAUAAUUAAUGAACCUGAAGACAAUGCAACAAAUGAUGAAUUAAUAAAAGUUGAACCAAAUUGGCUCAAAUUGACAGAUUCGUUUAAGGUACAAAUGGUAGUAAAUGAAGAAGGUGCUAUCAGCAUCUCAGAAGAAGAGACGGCUUCCGAGGACGAACGAGCGGAGAAUUUACCCAAUGAAGAGGAAAGGACAAAAGCUCCAAAUGACACCGAAGAAAAAGAGCCUGACGUGAAAUCUGAGAGUUCCGUCGUUUCUCAUGGAAAGUGCAGAGAGAUGUACUUAGCGAAAAAAUUCAGAUUUUUUAUCCUGAAACGUGAACUACAUUGUGCAGAGCUUCUCCAUAGAGCAUUACUGGAUGAAUACAAGCGUUCUUGUCGAUGGAAGCCUUGGUGUUCUAUCAAUUAUUACGAUACGUUUGGAGAUCAUAGAAACCUUGUGUCAAUUCUAACUCCGGUCCAUCGAACGGAAACUGAGAAAUGGUUGAUGGAAUCGAAAUUGGCUAACACACCCAAGUUUCUCCAAUACAAAGAUCUGAAAAAAGAUUGUGGAAAAGGGUUUUACCACUGGAUGAGACCUUACGAUAGAUUUGUCGCUGAGCCUACAAGGCCAUGCAAUGUUUUGCCAGAGCGUCUCCCUAGAGCAUUUAUUCUUAGGACUUUAGAACAAGAAUGGAAUGAAACACAAAGAGAGGAACUAGGAGGAGCAAAGGAGUUGAUUAGGGCAGUGCUCCGGUACCGAUGUAUUAUGGAGUCUGACAGCGAGACCAUCCUGAGCGUCCCUAUUAUAGACUCCAGAGAUGAAGACGAGCGCAAAAUUGAUGACAUCAUACAAGCUCUUGCACAUAAGAUAUACGAAGAUCUAAAGGUUACAAUGUCUGACGAAAUUCAGAGACGAUCUCGACCUUCCAUCACGACGAAACCAGCUCCAGAACCCGAAGACUUGUCUGUUCUUGAAGAAUUGCUGGAAGAUGAAGCAAAGCAAACAGAAGAAGAACGGGAGAGUUCUUUGAGAGAAGUUGAUGAAGCAGAGCAGAUGAGCCCCUGCCUGCAGAGGUAUUGGCGUCGCCGCAACGAGGAGUACAAAGAGGAACAAUUUUAUAUGUACCUUCUCCGAGAAAGCACUGUCCCCCCAUACUUCAAAAAUGUUCUUGGUGGUGCUAUUUGGUGGGACGUACACAACGCGACCGGUAAUGCAGUCUGCAUAGCUGAACGACGCAAGAUGAAGUGUGUUUGUGCUGUCGAAGAAGAAACUACUACUGCCAGUGAUAUUGUAAAUCCUUUCAUGUAG